CCGCCUCCGAGGCGCCUGACGCUGAACCGCAGCCCCUUCUCAUUUCCAGCCCCGCAGAUCUCCAUUUUCUUCUUUCCCGAUACUCAGCAGCGGAGGAGUAAAGAUUUGGAAAAAUGAAUGAAGAAUACGACGUUAUCGUUUUGGGCACCGGGCUUACGGAAUGCAUUCUAUCAGGAAUCAUGUCUGUGAAGGGGAAGAAGGUUCUGCACAUGGACCGCAACUCCUACUACGGAGGGGAGAGCGCCUCUAUCACGCCUCUUGAAGAUCUCUACAAGCGCUUUGAACUCCCGGGAAAACCUUCUGAUUCGAUGGGAAAAGGACGGGAUUGGAAUGUGGACCUCAUCCCGAAAUUCCUAAUGGCCAAUGGUCAGCUGGUGCGCAUGCUGCUGAUCACUAAGGUGACCCAGUAUCUGGACUUCAAAGUGAUUGAGGGCAGCUUUGUCUACAAGGGGGGCAAAAUCCACAAAGUUCCCUCUACUGAGACAGAGGCUCUGUCAUCUAGUCUGAUGGGGUUGUUUGAGAAACGGCGCUUCAAGAAAUUGCUCCAGUUUGUCUCCAACUUCGACGAAAGCAACCCCAAAUCCAUGGAGGACGUCGACCCCCAGAAAACUACCAUGAGGGCCAUUUUCCAAAAGUUCAGCCUGGGCCAGGAGGUCAUGGACUUCACGGGCCACUCCCUUGCCCUCUACCGCACAGACGAUUACCUGGAUCAGCCAUGCGUUGAGACGAUAAACAGGAUCAAGCUUUACAGUGAGUCUCUGGCCAGAUACGGCAAGAGCCCGUACCUCUACCCACUGUACGGCCUGGGAGAACUGCCUCAGGGGUUCGCCAGGCUGAGCGCCAUUUACGGCGGGACGUACAUGCUGAACAAGCCCAUCGACGAGAUUGUGGUGGAGAACGGGAAGGUGGUUGGAGUCAAGUCCGAGGGAGAGAUCGCCAGGUGCAAGCAGCUGAUCUGCGACCCCAGCUAUGCCAUGGAUCGCGCCACCAAAGUUGGCCAGGUGAUCCGUGUCAUCUGCAUCUUGAGUCAUCCAAUAGCCAACACUGGUGACAUCAACUCUUGCCAGAUCAUCAUCCCCCAGAAUCAGGUCCAAAGGCAGCAUGACAUCUACGUUUGUAUGAUCUCCUCUGCUCACAACGUGGCGGCACAAGGCAAGUACAUCGCCAUCGUCAGCACCACGGUGGAGACGAACGACCCCGAGAAGGAGCUCAAGCCGGCCCUGGACCUGCUGACGCCCAUUGAGCAGAAGUUUGUCAGCAUCAGUGACCAGUACGCACCCACCGACAUGGGCGCUGACAGUCAGAUUUUCAUUUCCCGCACGUAUGAUGCCACAACUCACUUCGAGACGACCUGCGACGACAUCAAAGACAUCUACAAGAGAAUGACGGGUUCAGAAUUUGACUUUAACGAGAUGGAGCGCAAGAAGCAGGACACCUUCGGCGACGCCUGCGACUAGAAGCCUGCUGCCAUCCUGAUGAUUACAGACAGCGACAACUGAAACAAAAAAUAGUAAAAAAAAAUAAAAUUAACUACACAAAAAUGUACACACCUAUGGGCUGGCUGCUCAUCCGAGUAAAUGGUUUAGCCCCUUCAUUAUAUAUAGAGAUAAUACGGUAUUGUUGUAUAGGGUUCACCGAAGGAGUUUGCUUUUUAAGCCCACACUCUGAUGGAUGUCUCACUAAACGCUGGUUAUGCCUGGUAUACAGUAAUGCCCUACAUCCUUCUACCGCAUCAUCAUGUCAAGAUGAUUUAUAGUCCAAAGAUGCCGAAUCAAAUGCUAAUUCAUAAAAGCUAUCUUAAAAAGUGGGUAUAUGAGUGGGGUGUUGAAAUAGUUUGUCAUUGUAUAAAACACAUUUGGAAGAUAAAUAUUAUGUAUACAUCAAAUAUUGGUCUCGGCAAGUAUUUUUUCAUGUGACAGAAGUGGCUCGACUUUGUGCGUAUGAUUUAAAUCAUUCGACUAAUAGAGGUUUCCUCUGAGCACAUUCAGCAGAACCUCGUGUGAGCCAGCGCCUCAACCUGCAGCUUCCAUCUUUAGCCACUUAUGUAGGUAAGAUGGCUUGAUAUUUCUGUCAAUGUAUUUUGUUAUAUAUAAAUAUAUUUUUCUUGUUAGACGCCUUUCCUCUCAUAUCUCUAGCAAGGCCUGACGCAUCCUACAAACCAAGCCACUCAAGGGCAACCGUGGUCCAGCAUAAACCACCCAAAUGUGUUUUGCAACCAGCUUGAGUCCCUCUGAUGCAUCAGACAUCUGUUCGUUCCUGCAUCAUGUAAAGUGGGGGACGUUCUGAGCAUUGACAGCAGAUUGGUGGGACGUGUUGACUGUAAUUGCUUAAGAAGGACCAAAACGUGUACUGCAGCAGUAUGUAAUUGAUGAGAGUUCUUUUGGUAUCUCAUGUCUUGAAAACUUAAAAUGACAUCUUGGGCUCAAAUGAUUUCUAUACUGCAAAGUAAAAACUUUAUCAAAAAUCAA